UUUUAUUCAAUGAGGUCUAGUAGGUCAUAUUUGGUUCCUUGGAAUGCAGUGUGAGGUUGCAAACAUAUACUUUUGCUUCUACCCAUCCUUCUUGUGCUCCGUGGUGUCUCUCUCACCUAGCAGCGAGUCACGUGAAUGCCUGUAAAGGCCCUUCUCUUUUUGUUCUUUAACUUCUUUGUUUUCCUUAUAAAAGGGAAUUUACCCCUUCCCACUGGUCGAUGAAUCCUAGAUCCUUAAAAAAAAAAAGGAUCAACCCUAGAUCUUAGUCUUUACUAGUUAGACUUUAACUCCUUCCUCUAGUCUCUUCGUCCCCUCCCUGCCCAUAGCUAUAGCUUAGUUUCUUGUACUCUCUCUCUCAUAUGAAUCGAUUUUCUCCCAUCCCUCUAGCAGAGGGAGGUCGAGGUCGAGAUCGAAGGCACCUUCCUCCGUUCGCUGUAGCAAGUGAUACUUCUUCGUUCUCAUGUUCCAUUCUCUUCAACACUUCACAAGAACAGGGAGCAAACGACGGAGAUCAUCACCUCCUGCAGCAAAAGCCCGAUGAUCAUUUAUUGAUCAGCAAAUCAAGCGAUCGCCUGAUCUCAUUCCCAACCAACAACAACAACAAUACCGUUGAGGAACCUUCUCAUGAUCGAUAUGUUAGUCAGGAGGAUCUGCAUGGUCCCACUAAGUGGAUGUCUUCCAAGAUGCGAUUUAUGAGGAAGAUGAUGAAUUCUGGUCAUGUCAUCAUGAGCAAAAGAAGAACAAACAUGCAAAUCCUUCAAGAUCAAGGCCAGUCAAACCAAGACGGGAGCACAAGCAACAGCAGCAGCAACUCCCCAAGUGGUAUCAUCAGAGUGUGCUCGGACUGCAACACCACAAAGACCCCUUUAUGGAGGAGUGGUCCUCGUGGCCCUAAGUCUCUUUGUAAUGCCUGUGGAAUAAGGCAAAGGAAGGCUCGACGGGCCAUGGCUGCAGCGGCUGCAAGUGGUGGAUUAAUCCCUAGCGGAGCACGUGGUAAGAUGCCAAAAGAGAAGAAAUCGGAUGUUGAUCGCACGAUACCAUUCAAGAAGCGGUGCAAGAACGUUCACGCCAUCGCCACUACUACUCAAAAGAAGCUUUGUUUUGAUGAUGUUAUGAUAAGUUUAAGCAAGAGUUCGGCCGUCCAUCGAGUCUUCCCACAGGAUGAGAGGGACGCAGCACUGUUGCUGAUGGCUUUAUCUUGGGGCAUCAUUUGCAGUUGAGCACUGGAUUCUUUUCUGUUUUCUUCUUUAUUAAUUCCAUCUCAAGUAAUUCCAUCUUGUUCUAGCGUGAUCAGCGAGUACAUGCAUGUCUGUGGAGUAGAAAUAAGAUGUAGCAAGACCGUGAACUUAUGGAAAUGUAAAAUUUUCCAUUAAUCUCAAUGCAUCUUUAGGGGCUAUUAAGAAUUUGGGCAGCAUUCGAUGUCUA